UGAACUCAGCGACUGAGUUCGAGCUCCGCCAACUCGAAGGUUAAACCCUAACGCAUCGCCAUUGACAGCUCAACGACAAACGCAGCGCUCUCUCUCGAUCGCUCCGCAGGACUGCGGACCAGUUUCUAUCUCACCUCCUCGGUGUCAUCGAAAUACGCUUCGAUUUAACCAGAGCAGCCUAACGUCGGAUUGAUCCGAAGGCCAGCCACUGCCCUUGGCGCUCGCCCGUCGUCCUCCGAAAGGUUUCUACUACUGCUAGAGACAAUGGAGGCAUUAGUUGCUACUGGUUUGCAAGCUACGGCAGCAAAGGCUUGCGUCUCUUCUCCCAGGAGAUUGUUCACCACUAGGAUGGCAAUUUCUGGGUCCAAUCUAAAAGUAACCAAACAAAGUUCAGCAAACUCACCAAGUUCCUUGUCUCCCCAGCCUCUCUGUGUGAGAUAUUCAUCUCCUUCAAAGUGUCAAAGGUUUGCUAUCAGGGCAAUGUCUGGGGAAAGUGAGAAAGAGAUUGCAUAUGGAUUGCCUAUUGAUCUAAGAGGUAAAAGGGCAUUUAUUGCUGGAGUUGCCGAUGAUAAUGGUUAUGGCUGGGCAAUCGCAAAGGCUCUUGCCGCUGCUGGGGCAGAAAUACUUGUUGGUACAUGGGUGCCUGCACUGAACAUAUUUGAGACAAGCUUAAGGCGUGGCAAAUUUGAUGAGUCACGGAAAUUGCCAAAUGGCUCGCUGAUGGAUAUUGUCAAAGUAUAUCCUCUUGAUGCCGUUUACGAUACACCUGAUGAUGUUCCUGAAGAUGUCAAGACAAACAAACGCUAUGCUGGAUCCUCAAAUUGGACUGUUAAGGAAGUGGCAGAAGCUGUGACGAAAGAUUUUGGAAGCAUUGACAUCCUCGUGCAUUCUCUUGCCAAUGGACCAGAGGUAACGAAACCACUCUUGGAGACAUCUAGAAGAGGGUAUCUUGCUGCAAUUUCAGCUUCGAGUUACUCUUUUGUCUCCCUGCUUCAGCACUUUCUUCCAAUAAUGAAUCCAGGCGGUGCUUCAAUAUCUUUGACAUACAUAGCUUCUGAAAGGACAAUCCCAGGAUACGGAGGUGGAAUGAGCUCAGCAAAAGCUGCAUUGGAGAGCGAUACAAAAGUGCUGGCUUUUGAAGCCGGAAGAAAAGGUCAAGUUAGAGUCAAUACAAUAUCUGCAGGCCCUCUGGGAAGCCGAGCUGCUAAAGCCAUCGGAUUCAUCGAAAAGAUGAUUGAUUAUUCAUACGUGAAUGCCCCGUUACAGAAAGAAUUGCUUGCAGAUGAAGUCGGCAAUGCAGCAGCCUUCUUGGUGUCUCCCCUCGCAUCGGCUGUGACUGGGUCGGUUGUCUAUGUCGAUAAUGGUCUGAAUACCAUGGGGCUGGCAACCGACAGCCCGACGCUGCAAAUAUAAAAGUUGAAGGAUGAAGAGGCAAGAGAACUCAUUCUUGGCAUAGGUUCCAUUGUCUUCUGCGACUUUUGCCGACAUUGAAUAAAGUGUGAGAUUAAAUUUCUGUGCUCAGGGUUCGUCUUCUUGUUGUGUUUCGAGACUGAGCGCAAUUUAGCUUGCCAAUGAAAAAAUCGUGAUUAUUGAAUUAGAGUACACCUCUUGAAGUUGCUUAAGUUUAGCAUCUGACUGCAAA